AUGAAGAAGAGUUUGAAAGCUCUAAAAGCUUUGAGGCCCCUUGCGCUUGUUCGGGUACUCUCAAGUUUGCACACAGAGACUGUGUACAGAGAUGGUGCUAUGAAAAGGGCAAUACAACUUGUGAAAUUUGCUUACAGGGAAAGUUUGGGAGUGACAAGAGAUGAACAAGAGCAAGAAAAUAUAGGACAAGUUUUUGAAACAGAGGAUUAUGAGUCUGAAUGUGCAUAUGAAGCGAAUAAAAGUGCUUCUUGUUGUAGGCUGGUGGCAUUAAUAAUAACUGCUCUACUUCUCACCAGACAUUUGUUUGGAGUUGUUAUAGGAGAAGAGACUUACCCUUUUUCACUUCUUACUGUGAUUAUAGUAAAGUCUAGUGGCAUUAUCCUUCCAAUGUACAUACUGACUAGGAUUUCAGCUGCAAUUCAUAACAGCAUCAGGCAUCACCAACAGAUUUAUGGCAUGGAGUUCGAAAAUGAAUAUGGAGACGAACAGCGGCAAAAUAACGUGUUACGAGCCUGAUCUGUGCAUUCUGAUCUGUGCAUUUCUCUUUGUAUUUCUCUUUCACUUCACAAUAACAGAUGGAAAAUGUAGAAAAUUUCACAGCUAAUAAAUGUAAUGAAAAGAAAAAAAAAAACAAGAGAAAUUAGUUUGCUUGCAAUUGAAGUUGAAACACGAGAAGAAAUGCCACUCACAAAUCAAUUCAUGCUCUGUAAUAAAACAUCAAAUGCAACUAGAUUCUUGUAGUCCAAGUCAGUUAGAUAUGGAGAUAUAGUGUCAGCAUCAAUUGGUGACCACUUUUUACCAACAUAAAAAAAUAAAAUAAAAUAAAAUUAA